AAGACACUGGCAGUUGGAAGAGUAUGGGAAGACAUGGAAGGAUCCUGAGGACCAGUGACAAAAGUACUUGAAAAAGAAAAGACAGAAAUGUUAAGUUGGCCUAGAGGUUACAGUUGUUGAUAAUGCUGAAAAUGCCUAUUGCUAUUUAUAGCAUCUGAAAUUCUGAAUAAGCUAUUAUUUACCAGAUGAAAUAUGAAGAUAAAGAGGUCUCCUGAAAGUCUAAAUGUUGUGAUAAACUAAAAAGUGAAAUAAUCUGAAAGAAUAAAUAGGACUUAUCAUGACAGCUCAUACCAGGAAGUUAAACAAAAAACCUUUUCCAUUGGAAUCUCUUUUAGUACCACAAGUUCCACGUGGAAACUACUUACAUUUUCAGGAAGAGAAGCAAAGGUUACAGCUGAAGAAACUUCUCCUUGAUAGAAUUUUUCUAGUGGCCGAGUUAACAGCCAACACAGAAAAAAAAGAUAUCGCUGAAUACUAUGAUCAAGUAUUUCAGUCAAUUUCGAAACGUCACCUGGGAGAAUCAGUGACAGGAUUAUUGCUUGUAUAUCCAACUUCUAUUCUUCAUAUCCUUGAGUCCUCCAAUGACACUCUUUUCAGAAUUCUUUUAGAUUAUAUUAACCACGAAGAGAAUGACACUGACUUUUUUAUCAAAAGCAUGAAAAUCGUAGUUGUGUCCCACAACAUCCCAACAAGACUCUUCAUUCAGUGGCAUGUUUCUGUAAUUAAAGUGCCAGUCCUGUAUCUUGAUGAUGUAACACAAUCUCAAUCCCUUGAGGAGGUCAUCAUAGAAUUUCUCACACAAACUCAUAUGCUGGCACAUCAUAUUUUCAAGACUGUUAAAAUGAGUAGUAAAGGCCCAGGAGACAACUUGCACCAAGUUACCCCUGAAUUACUUCUCCCAGAGCAAAUAGUAAAGUACUUGUGCAAAUCUGAAGAAUUCCUGGACCCCAAAACAUUCAUAAACAUGUACAAUAAACCCCUGCAUAUCAUCUUGGAUUCUGAAGUGGUAUGGCCUGCUCCUUCUCGCUUUUAAGACUGACUAAAACAAUUAGGCUGAUGUCAAAUCUCUUACGGAAUUUAAUCUUCUUAAGUAAGAGAAAUAUAAACUCAAAUUUACUCUUUUCUCUAAGAAAAAAAAUAAACAUAAUACUGAAAUAUCCACUAAGGUAAUAAUAUUAUCUCCUGGAGUUUGUUAAGCUAAACUUGAAAAUAAAUACAUUUCUUCUGAUUUU